AUGGAUUGGAAAUCUCCCACCUACCUGAGUGACACCAACGACUUCCUCCUGGCGCUGAAGGACUUUCAGUGGAAGGAGAGCUGGAGCCUGGUCUCACUAGACGUGGAGAGUCUCUAUACAUAUAUACCUCAUGGGAUGGGUAUCCAAGAGGUUCUAGAAGUUCUAGAAAAAAGCCCUAAGAUAAAAGGGGCAUUUGUUGCCGUUGGUAUGGUCUUGUUAACCAUGUUUGGUAUGGCUGCUGGAAAUUACAUGAUCAAUAAAAAAAGGAAAUGUGUGACCCUUCAGGAUCCAAACAAAAAAUAUAGGUUACGACUCAUUCGCAAAAUAGCUGUAAAUCAUAAUACACGAAGAUUUCGAUUUGCUCUUCCAUCCAUGAACUGUACAUUGGGACUACCCCCUGGUAAACAUGUGUACUUAUCAGCUAAAAUCAAUGGCAAUCUUGUGGUGAGGCCUUACACUCCAUUACAUUGUGAUACUAAAGGAUAUGUUGAUCUGUUAAUAAAGGUCUACUUUAAAUAUCAAAAUCCAGACUUUCCAGAUGGAGGCAAGAUGUCCCAGUACCUGGACAAUCUCUCUAUAGGGGAAACUAUUGAAUUUCAAGGUCCAAAGGGACUUCUUGUAUAUCAAGGAAAAGGUUACUUCGAUAUUCAACCAAACAAGAGAUCUCCAGCUGAGAGAAAGUUUGCCCGUCAGGUUGGAAUGAUAGCAGGUGGAACAGGGCUUACCCCAAUAAUUCAGCUAAUCCAUGCUAUUCUAAGUGACCCAGAAGAUGAAACUAAAUGUUUUUUGCUGUUUGCCAAUAAGUCAGAAGAUGAUAUACUCCUCCGUAAUGACCUUGAGAAGCUAAAGGAUGAGUAUUCAGAAUGCUUUAAGCUGUGGUUCACUCUGGAUAGUGCAACAGAAGAAUGGGAAUACAGCAAUGGUUUCAUUGAUUCGAAGAUGAUCCAAGAGCAUCUACCACCACCUGCUGAUGAUGUCAUCAUUUUGCUAUGUGGUCCUCCAGCCAUGAUAAAAUUGGCUUGCAAACCAAGUCUAAAUAUAUUAGGAUAUCAUGAAAAUAUGAGUUAUGUUUUCUAA